UUGCUUUUCAUUCGAAAUAACCAUUCAUUGAAUUAAUCAAGUUCAAAAUAUUUCAUUCUCCUAAUCAGAAACCAGAACCGAAUUCUCAUUGUUAACCAAUCAAAAUGCGUGCCACCAUUAUCUUGACUAUAUGCUUCAUCGGAGUUGUCUUUGCUGAAUCAUUGAGCAAGCGAAGCUCCAUCGACGAUUCCCAGACCAAGCAGGACGCUGAAAAAUCUCUUGGUGAGAUAUCUUCCUUCUUUGAACAAUUCAAACCUAAAUCAAGUGAAUCAACAGAUGUCUUCACUGUUGCUGUCCAAAAUGCUAAAGAAGCUAUUCGGAAGCUCUUGCCAUUCUUUCAACAAAAACCUCAAUCUUAUCAAUCAUCAGAGGCUUUCACUACUGCAAGACACAACUGUGAAAAUACGGUUUGGAAUCUCAUAAGUCUCUCUGGACAAUUUCAACCUCAAUCCUAUGCAUCACCAAAUGCCUUUUAUGCCGCAAAGUUUAAAUUUGACGAUGCUACUUGGAAGCUCUUAAGCAUCUGUGGACAAUUUUAACCUAUGGCUAUAGUUUGAAGAAGACCGGACAUUUACGAAGACGAUGCAAUCCAGUUAAAUGUGCUAUACAAUUUGCAGACAUAAUUGAUACAAAAUCAAUUAUCUGAGAUAACAUAAAGAUUCUGUAUUCACCGUUUCUCUUAUAACAUAUAUUCAAGCUUUCUCUAAAUGAUUAAAUAAACAGAUCCGUAUUAUUUUAAAUUGCAAA